GCAGAACCACCAUAUCCAGUCAAAAUGGUUUACACCCAAAUCCUCGCCCUCGCAGCUCUGCCCGCCACCUUCGCGCUUCCCAACCCCCAAAUCUUCAGCCCGCCCCCCGAGACGCGCUACUGCGCCGUCGUCGACAAGACCGAAGAAACCAACGGGCCCAGCUGGCAAACCGGCCGCAGCGUCGACGGCGGAGGUGGUACGUCCACCCUUUUACCCUCUCCCACGCACCUGCUAACCCCAAAUCCAGCCGUGUCCUUCGAAUCCAGCCACUCAACCGGCUACCAGUGGCAAAUCGGCGGCGAAAUCGGGCUCUCGGCGGGGACACCCGUCAGCCUGGGCGCGGCCGCAGGCUUCAGCGUCGCCGAGCAAGUCACGGACUCGAUCGCGGAAGCCUCCGACGCAGAGUGUCCUGAUGGCCCGUGGCACUGCAGCGCGAUAUACUACCCGUGGGGCGUCAAAGUGAGUGGACACAUGCAGAAGCAGGGGCUCAAUGAUGGCUGCGAGACGGAGAGCCUGGGGAGCUUCACGCAUGACAUUGAGGAUGGGCAGCCGUGGGAGGCGUGGGUGCCGAAGAAGGAUGAGGGGGGUGUUGGGUUUGGGACCGUCGAGGUGUGCACGUGUCAGAAUUUGGAGCACUGGGCCGAUGAGGGGCAUCCCGCGCUGUUGUGUCCGGAGCAGUGCGCGAAGGGUGCGGAUUCGUAGUGAUGAGGGAGUGGGAAUGUGAUGGGAUCGCGCGUGUGGUUCUUGAGUCGUUCUGAGUAAGGUUUGCUGUACGUCCAAGACUAGGUUCACUGUAAUCGCAUGAAACGACUGGUAUGACUUUAGACUAAAUGUGCUCAACUGCAGGCCCCAGAAGAGCAUUCCAGUCUGCGUGAAACAUUUUGUAAUACUGAGAUCUUUGGACCCCUAUGAUCUCUCUUAAUGACAUUACGAGGUCGAG